AUGGGAAAGAAGCGAAAAAUUGAUAGUGAAUGCAGAAAACUUAAAGAUCAGUGGAACAUUCAAUAUUUCGUAAUUGAGUCCAGUAACAAGGCGCUAUGUUUGAUUUACAAUGAAAGCAUAGCUGUUCUCAAAGAAAAUAACAUUAAACGUCAUUAUAAAACAGAACAUUCUCAAAAUUACUCAAAAUAUACCGGAAGUUUGCAGACAGAAAAAUUCGAAGCUAUGAUGCGCGGAUUGAAAUCGCAGCAAUCUUCAUUAACAAAAGUUGCAAAACGUGGAAAACCAUUCACCGAUGGAGAAAUGAUCAAAGAAUGCAUAAUUGCAGUAGCCGAAGAAAUGGGCCCUGAAAAGGUAAAUUUAUUAAAAACUGUCAGUAUGUGGCUCGAAGGGUAG